GAUGCUAUACCACAGCAAGCAUGGCACCCACUCAGCUCAGCUCACCAUCACUGCUGCUGUUGUGUACUGGAUGCUGCUGGCAGCAGACGAUGCAGUAGGUCUGCAAACCAUCAUCAUCCACCGCUUCCGCUGCAACUCUGCUCUCCAGCUGUUGUGCCUCCUCAGCCCCUCGCCCAGCACCCCGUGCGCAGAGGAAAUGGCCACCGAGCAGCCAGUGGGCCCCACGCAGGAGCAGCUGGAGAUCCUGGAGUAUAACUUCAGCAAGGUCAACAAGCACCCAGACCCCACCACCCUCUGCCUCAUCGCGGCCGAGGCGGGGCUGACCGAAGAGCAGACCCUGAAAUGGUUCAAGCAGCGCCUUGCAGAGUGGAGAAAAUCCGAAGGACUCCCGUCAGAGUGUGGAUCCGUUAGAGACUAAGGAAGAUGACUCGCUUUUUCCCUACGCACUGAAAACAACUGAAUUUGCUUUUCCUUCUCGCAAUAGAUUCUAUGAUCCAAAGUAACAUCUUGCUAUUUAACAUGGUGUUUUAUUUAAAGUGUACAUAACCAGAAAAAAAUACUGAUAUAAAAUUGUAUACAGCUCUUGUAACGUAUUACAAGUGGCUAAGAGGAGAGCAGCUGUACCCUGUGUGGAUUAGAGUUCCAUAUGGCAUAUAAAUGUAAUGUCAGCUGCACAGAGCAGAACCAGUUAAGGACCUCUGAGCAAAGCUACUACGAAAGGGCAGAAUGAUAGUAUGAAAAAUGUCCUUUUCUUCUGAUCCCCGUAUGCACACUCAGUGCCAGCAUUAACAUCCUCUCGGUUCCCGGAACAGAAAACCAGAUGUGUCAUUAACUGAGCUUCCUCAGCUCAACACACAGAGCAUUGAAAGUCACGACAGAGGAGAACUGAGGACAUUCGUAAUUACUAGAUCAUGCCAAGAACCCUUGAUUUUAUCUGAAGUGUGUCUAAUAAAUGUCACUAAAGGAAAAGGAAUAUUUCUCUGACGUACUAAUAAAAUUAU